GAGGCCAACAAGGCCCAGCAAACUCGAACUCAUCCAAUCGUCUCUUUCCCUCGAUCAAAAUUCCCUUUUCCCUCUUCUGUUCCAGGCACUCAAAAUUUCGGAGAAAAUUUCUCUCCCGCUAAACUUUCUCUCUCUUCUCUAUUUCGAAUUUCCUCUCAACAUCUUAUGUGAGUUCAUUUUCACGUUACUCUUGAUGGAUCUGUAGAUCAACAUCUUAUGUUCCCGUUUCAGAACUCUUUCUUUUGGUACUGAUUGCUGAUUCUUUUGCUGCUUUUGAUUGCAUUCUGGGGUUUUCUUUUCAAGAAUUAACCUUCCCGGACCAUAUUAUUCUCUUUUGUUCAUCCUUAUGGCUUACUAUGAAGCUCCCUCGUUCUCUCUCGGCCUUGAUUUGGAUUUGGAUUUCGAGCCCCAAAUUCCUUUGCCGGAUUGCGCUACUCAGAAACCAUCUUCGGGCUGUUCGGAGGGUAUCAAUGCUUCGUCGAAAGAGGACGAUGGUGGCUUGGUGGGAACAGGGGUUGCGGACUCGCCUAGAAAAUUUAAGCGGCUCAAACGUGGGCCAGCUCGAUGUUCUUCGUUAUCCAAGAAUAGCGAAUCAUCACCUUUGUUAUCUGUAGUCGAUGAUGACAUCGAAGAGUUUUCAUCCCCAGAAGAUUGUCCCAGAGUUUCAACAGACCAUCAUCCAUCCUCACUCUUCCAAUCUGUCUGCAGUAGUUCAAAGGCUCCUUUACAUGGGAUCUUCACUCCUCCCACUUCCAGCCAGCUGAAGGCAAGAAAAGACGAACAGACUGUAGACGCCCCAACUUCUGUUGGUUUGGAAAAGCAAAAUAAGUCAUUAUUUUCUAAUUUAACCAUUAGUCCUCUUCGAAAGUUCCAGUUACUUGAAUCUGAUUCAGAUGAGCCCUCUAGCUGUGACAAUCAAAGCAGAAAAGGGCCCAAAGUAGCUUCAUCUUUAAACAAGCAAAAGUCUACAUUUGGUCUCUCUGCAACAGUGGAUGUGAAAAAGAAAAGUUUGACUGCGAGUAUUACUGAAAAAGAGGAUCUAUGGAAAGAUUUUUGUCAAACGAGAAGUGUUCAUUUGCCAACACCAGCCUUUGAUGAAGUCUGUAAGGAAUUUUCACAGUUAAAGCAGCAUAAUAAAGCCGCUACUGAAUUAGGAAGUAGUGCUCAUAUUAGCUACAUGGAUAAUCGCACCAUCAAUAGUAGCUGCUCAAAUGAAAUGAUGUAUAAGCCCGGCUGUCCUGCUCAUGACUAUUUUUUUCAUGAUGAUCCAAGGAUUCAAAAAUUAGUUCGCAGUCGCUUACCAUACUUUUUCCCAUUGGGAGUUGACGGCAGCAGAGGAUCGGUGAUUGAUUAUAUGAGACAAUUUAGCAAUGGAGAGGCUUCAACUAGCCGACCUUCACAGGUUAACAUGGAGAUAAGUUCAAAAAGAUCAACAAGUAUAUCAAAAGGAUUUAGGAACAUCGUGUCCAAAUGUCGGCCCAAUGAGAAAGCUGUCUCACCAUUAAGCAGUAGAAGAGCGCCCAAAAGGGCAGCAACUCAAAAAAAUAAAAUUGGUAGCAGUUCUAGAAAUGUCAAAAGUAAACAAAGGGCGUCAAACUGUGAACUCCUAGAGGAUUCUGGAAACUGGAUUGAUCCAAAGGGCUCUUUUAGCCUUCCUAGAGACGCUGGGAAAAGAAGGGUCCAUGCAGGUGGGCAAUCAGCUGGUCACUGGUAUACAUCCCCUGAAGGGAAGAAGGUAUACGUCACUAAAAGUGGGGAGGAGUUGACCGGCCGAAUGGCAUAUAGAUUUUACAAAAAGGAUACUGGAGGCUUUAGGAAGUCAAAAAAGAAAGGAGCUACCAAGAAGAAGAAAUGAUUUUGGAUGGGCAUGGGAGGCAAAACCGUACAAACGAUCUUAACCCAAGUGAUUUGUAACAUCUAUGACUAUCUAAGUGCUUAAAAAAGCGUUCUAACGCACUUUUAAAGUCAUUCCCAAUAGGCAUUUUUCACCGUUGCAAUUACCAUUUUUUUUUUAAAGAUCCAUUGCAAUUACCAUUAGUUGUUUUGUUAACAUCAUUGUUCAUAGUAUACUUGUAACAACUCUUCAAUCUUAUACCAACUAAUCUGCCAGAGAACAUUGCAGAUUGUUUUCUUGAUUUUUUGACAUCAUGCAUCUGAAAGUUGAGUGUAAA